AUGGCUCCUCACGCUGCCGAUCAAGCGUCUUCUUCGUCGCGGCGUGUAUCGAUGAGUUCUCUUCAAUUGACACCGCGACUCAGCGCCUUGCCGUCGCCUGCUCAAACACCGCACACUGCGUACUUCCACAUUGAUGAGCCCGAAGUGGUGACGUCCAAGACGUACGAUCUUCCUGUAGAUCACAACCAGUUCGACCGAGCCACAAAGAUCAAACCGAGCAGCAUGUUGCGACCGCACAUGCGCAUCUUCUACCUGUCGUGGAUGUCGGGCAUUAUGGGCUUCAUCGGUUGGUACGCCAUCCCGCCUCUCAUGCCCGUGAUCAAGACUCAACUAGGACUCACGGAAGGAGAAGUCCUCAACUCCGAUAUCGCUAGUACAGCCAGCACGAUCUUCUCUCGGAUAGCAUCAGGCCCACUUCUCGACCGGUUCGGUCCUCAGGUAGUACAAAGCUCUGUACUGUGGUUUGGCGCUAUCCCUAUUGUCUGUGCCGCCUUCGUGAGCUCGGCAACGAGCUUGCUCAUUGUCCGGUUCUUCAUUGGUCUCGUGGGCUGCGUGUUCGUGUCCAGUCAGUACUGGACGACCAUUACGUUUGCCCGUAACGUGGCUGGUACGGCCAACGCUAUCACUGGUGGACUGGGUCUGUCUGGUAUUGGCUUCGCCUUCCUGGUGCUGCCGUUCAUAUACGAGGCCAUCACUUCAGGCGGACACGUGUCGGAGGAUCUGGGCUGGCGGAUCACCGUCGCGUUGCCGGCCGUGCUGAUGAUUAUCAUGGGCACAGUGAUCCGCUUCGUUGUGGAUAGCUGUCCGACUGGCGACUUCCAGGAGCUCAUGAACACCAAACGUCAAGCAGAACAGAACGGCCGGGCAGCUCCAGCAAGGAUAAGCAUUAGCGGCAGCUCCAGCGUCCUCCCCAUGGCGCAAUCUGAGCAACAGAAGCCCAUGACCAUGCUUCAGUCGUUCAAGAUUGUUCUGACGGACUUAAACGUCCUGGUUAUGAUUGCUCAGUACGCGGCGUGCUUCGGCACUGAGCUGCAGCUCAACAACAUGGGCGCUCUGUACUUUUACACUCAGUUCACCAAGAACAACUGCACACCGACAGAGAGCAACCUCUGCUAUCUACUGUCCAAGACCAAUGCCGCUACAGUGGCGUCGUCCUUUGGACUAAUGAACGUGUUCGCGCGCGCUCUAGGCGGCCUGGCGUCUGACGCAGUGAACCGUCGACUAGGCAUGGGCGGCCGUAAGCGCGUACAGUUCACGUUACUGUGCGUACUGGGCGCGUUGGUGAUCACACUGAGCCAACUGGAUUCGCUAGGUGCUUGCAUUGCGCUGUACGUGCUGGUCGCUAUCGCCGCACAGGCAACAGGCGGAUCCACGUACGGCAUCGUACCGUACCUGAACGAACAGCACACGGGCACCGUCAACGGACUCGUCGGUGCCGGCGGCAAUUUGGGCGGCGUGAUCUACGGCGUUAUUUUCCGUAGCACGGACGGAUACAGCGCAGGUCUGCUGUACACAGGUAUCAUCAUCCUGGGUUGUGCACUGCUCACACCACUGUUGAGGUUCCCCCAUUUAGAGCAGGAGGAGCCCAACGCCCAUCCAUCGAGUGACGCUGGCGACGCGUCCAAGCGAUCUCAUAGCACCAUGUACCUCGAAGACGAGCCGUACGAGUAAGAUUCCGUAAUACCAUCGCAUGUUAGAGCC